AUGGUUAACCGCCCGUACGCAAACAUGAACGACCUUGCCAAUGCGGUCGCCGAGUCCGUACAAAAGUACCUGGACAACAGUGGACAAGCGAGGAAUGGACUGUUUCAGAAAACCAAUAAUGGAGAACGGGAUAUCGAGACAGAGCGACUUGUUAUCUCCCCUACCGUCACCAGUGCAAUCUGUGCUCGAUAUAGCAACAGGAGACUCAACAUGGGUCCAUGCUUUUGGUCUCAGUGUUAUUCCAGACGCAAGCGACGCCAACGAACCAUGGACAUACACCCGCCAGUUCGACUUUGUCCAUUGCCGCCAGCAUCACCGGCGCCUAGACGAGCCCCGACUCUUCAAGCAGGCGUUCAGGCAAGUACCAUUCGCUUAAUCGUGCUGAGCCCGGUCUCACUGGCAAAAAGCUCCCUCACUCCCGGCGGCUGGCUGGAGAUGCAAGAACUCAGUAACCCCGUCACAAGCGACGACGGAACCCUAUCAGAGAACAACCCGCUCUCCCAAUGGGGCCGUCUUCUUAUAGAGGCCUCAAAGAAGAUGAACCGUCCCGUGGACAAUCCUGCCAAAUAUGAGACGUGGAUGCGCGAGGCCGGAUUCGUGAAUUGCCACACCGUUGCGUAUAAUUGGCCCACGAACCCGUGGCCUGCGGAUGAAAAGGGUAAGACCUUGGGUCUUUGGAAUCUGUACAAUGUGUUGCAGCGCUUUGAAGAGUUUUCGGUGGCUUUGUUGGUAAAAGUACUUGGAUGGGAGAUGGAUGAUGCAAAGACGUUCUUGGGGAACGUAAAGGAGGAGCUGAUGAAUGAGGGUGUGCAUGGUUACUGGCCGGUAUAUGUUGUGUAUGGGCAGAAGCCAGCUGCACCUGGAUCCGACGUGAUUACAGAUAGCGAGUGA